AUGACUGAUCAGGGACAUAAUGCGUAUGAGUGCCAGCAGAGCCUAUUGAAUGGCAAGUACCGCUACGUGGCGCCUAUCCAGAAGGGCUCCUUUGGCAAGGUCACCUUAGCUGAAAGUGUUCAUUCAGGCAAGAAGUUUGCCUUGAAGGCCAUGCUCAAGUCGUCUAAAGAGGUGGCCAGAAUGGCCAGACACGAGAUCUCCAUCUUGCAACUGUUGGGCUCGGAAAACCCCCACAUUUGCCUGCUCGUGGACCAUUUUGAAACCGACGAAUACAUCAUUUUGGUGUUGGAGUACUGUGACAACGGUGACUUGUACGAUAUGAUUCAUUCGGAAUCGGCGUCCCACCCGAGAGCCGUGGACGUGUGGAAGUUGGCCAGGGAAAUGUACCUGGGUGUUUCCUACGCCCAUUCCAAGGGCAUCUACCAUCGGGACUUGAAGCCGGAGAACAUUUUGUUUACCAGUGAUGGAUCCGUCAAGAUCUGUGACUGGGGCUUAGCCACUCGGUCAAAGCUUUCGAAUGAUUUCAAUGUCGGUACCGAGAAGUACAUGGCGCCGGAGUGUUUCUCCAAUAGCAUUCUUGCGGCUUCUUCCCAGAAGAUCAAUUGCCAAUAUACGGAUUAUUGGUCUUUUGGCAUUACCCUUUUAACCGCAGUGUUUGGCACUUCUCCAUUCAAGCCCAUGCGUGCUAAUGAUGAUGUUUGGGGUUCUGCCGAUACUUUUCGUCGCAAGAACAAGUCGGUUAAGAAGUCUUUGGAGAGUGAUUACAACUUCAAGAACUUUGUUUUCUACAACAAACCCGAGGUGUUGUAUGAUAUUUACCCUUCCAUGAACGAAAACUGCUUCCGCAUCUUCAUGAACUUGUUAAAGGUUGCUGGCGUUGAUGAAGAUAUCGACCACUACGUUCGCAAGCUUGAACGUAGAAACCUCGACGAGUUCAUCCGUGACCUUGAAGAGAACUGGAAGUAUGGUUUGACGGUAUGGGAGGAAGACGAGCUCUAUGCUAUUGAGGACGAUGGCGUUGAGGAUCUCUUUGACAUGGACGGGUUCACCGAUUCAACCAAGAGAACAGAAUAUGAGGAAGAAGAGGAAGAAAUUGAGGAGAAAGAUAGCAGACUGAGCGUGAGCUUUUCCGGUGCAAGGCCUAUGGCUGCCGUUGAAGUUCCGCUGGUCAAGCAGCAUAGCAUUCCUGUGCCGUCGCUCGUGGAGUCCACGUACCAGCCCAAGCUGUGGUACGACUUGGAAGACGAGUUGGACGACACAGAAUUUAACAAGUUGUUCUCGAGCUUAAGCACCAAGAGCGUGACGCCUAUUCCUAUUGAAGAGGCUAACAAGGCGGUGGACGAGGAUGGCAGGAACAUUCGCAUCGUGGAGAAAGAGGUGAUGGUUUAA